UUGCUCUACCCAUUGACAUGCUGGACCAAUAACUAAACAUUGAAAAUAAAGAUCAUCAAACAUCUCUGAAUAAUAUGUUUAUAAUAGAGAAAAGAAAGAAAGAAAAAUAAAAUGUUUAAAGACUUCAUCUCCCAUGGUGCCAUACAAUAACACGCUGCGUAGCCACGCUCGGCCGGAGUUGGCGGGUACGAAGGAGGCACUGGAUGGCUUUUGUCUGUAGCUUUACGCAAAAACGAGAAGAGAGUAUUUUUUAAAAUAGAUUUUACAAGCUGAUAUUUAUAUAAGCACUGUUGACAAGGAACCCAGUGGUUCCACUGCCUUCUCCCAGCCUGAAAAUGAGUGAGCCUACUGCUACCGCUACAGAAGCCCCUAGCGACGUGAUCCCCAGUGUUACUACUGGUGUUACCACUGAAGGUGUAGAUCAACUUUCUACUAAUGCAAACGAGCCCCCCAAGGAAGAGGUCAAGUUGGUGGCAACAGCAGGCAAGAAGCAGACCAAGAAGAAGGUGGAGGAGGUGGUAGAGGAAGAGGAGGAGGAAUAUGUGGUGGAGAAGGUGCUGGACCGACGGGUGGUAAAGGGACGCGUUGAGUUUCUGCUCAAAUGGAAAGGCUUCUCAGAUGAGGACAAUACAUGGGAACCGCAGGACAACCUGGAUUGCCCAGACCUGAUUGCUGAGUACAUGCAGAAUCAUCAUAACAAAAAAGAAAGUUACAAGAAAGAGUCUGGUGGCAAGAGGAAAGCUGGCGAGUCUGACACAGAGGCAGGGGGUGAAGAAGGCAGGCCCAAGAAGAGGAAAGAUGAGGCGGAGAAGCCCAGAGGCUUUGCUCGUGGACUUGACCCCGAACGGAUCAUUGGAGCCACAGACUCCAGUGGCGAGCUGAUGUUCCUCAUGAAAUGGAAGAACAGUGAUGAGGCGGACCUGGUGCCGGCCAAGGAGGCCAACAUUAAAUGUCCACAGGUGGUCAUAUCCUUCUACGAGGAGCGUCUGACAUGGCACUCCUACCCCACCGAGGAGGAAGAGAAGAAGGAUGAUAAGAACUAGCCACAGGUCCAGGAUGAAGGGGAAGGGGGUACAGAGGGUGGGGUUUAGAGUGGUUGGGGAGGGACAGAGAAGCUGAUUUGUUUCAAAAGCUUCGUUCUGCAAACCCGGACUGUUGAAACUAAAACAGAGGUUGACAGAUGGGUAGGGAUGAUGGGAAGACUUGUCAAGGAGGUGGGUUGGGGGGGCAUGGGUAAAUAGAACUCGUAAGUCUCAAGAUUACUUUAUCAGGCCUCACUUUUGGGUCUUAUCAGCUAGGACCAUGGGAUAUGUAGUUUUCAGUUUCUGAGCACUGAAUUGCUUCAAAAUCACCAGCUCCUCUUACUGUAAGCUUCGCCUCAGAAAAGCUUUUGUCGAGAUGAGUGAGCGAGGUAUCACUACAGCAGCUGAGUUGACAAAAUGGAAGGGUCAGGUUCCAAAACAUGAUCCAGCAAAAGUUCUCAGCUAAUUCAAUUGAAAUAGCCAAUCUUAAUUUCCAGUUUUCCUGCGUGAAAUGUUGAAGUUGAUUUCUAGUCAGAACAUAUAUCUUGUACCUACACAUCCCUCAUCGAGCAACUUGCGGUGCUUUUUGUUUCUCUUUCGACUUUUUCAGAAACUCUGUUUUUUAAGUGUUGGCACCUGCCUUCCCUUGCCAUAUCAUUAUCAUAUAAUGUGUAAAUAGUUGUGGUUUUAUUUGGUUAUGAGAGCGAUCUAAGAAGGAUUCUAGUUGAGUGUUUUGGAUGUUCAGACUGGAGUUAACCUAGAUUCUGGUCUUUAAGUGUUACGCAUAGGUGUAUAGAGUUGUGAACAAUGGUAUGGAGCAGGGUUUCCAUUAGGAAAAUGUGGCGCUGGACAUUUGACUGGCAGCAUUUUAAUUUCCCGGACAUUUGAGACAUUUUCUCGACCCAUAUGCAUUGUGUGCGUAACCCGAUUAGGGCGUACAGCCAUGGUGCUCCGAAUGACAGAAAUCACUUUUACAUUAUGGUAAUUCAUCAAAAAAAAAAAGAACAUGCAAAUCGAGGAUGCAACGGCGUGCGUCCUUACCGAAUUCCAAUGCACACUUUGAAGAUGUUAGAAUAACUGUCCACAUGUACUUUUCCUCAGCCAACAAGACGAGUAACGAACAGCAAAAUGGCACAUGGAACUCUAAAACAAUUGCUUUUACAUUUCUACGGUCGGAUGUUGGCUAGGCUACUUUGAAGCAAGGGAAGACAUGCCUCAAAAUAUGAAGUAAAACAUUCAGGUUUCAAACAUUUAAGAAUUUUUUUUUUUAAAUGCAUACUGCCUCCAUUUCAUUGCUAAGUGGUAGACGCUUCUAUUUCCAGUUAAGAAAUAAAAUAGCUAUUUUUAAUGGUGGCCAUCUUAUUUUAACACACGAUUGCAUUUAGUUAUGCAAUGAUUGGGCUUGUAAAAGCACGUUUGACUCCAGCAGCAUGGAACACGCUGUUUGAGAAGCUGUACCAGCAGCUCCUCCGUUCUCUGACAGAUUUUCCGCUCAAAUUAGGCGCUGCAUCUGUAUGCUGUGUACAUGUGAUAAGAUACAUAAAGACUAACGAAAAUACACAAACAGCAAUUUAAUUCCACCAAAUUAUGCAAAUUUACCUAUAGACCAAUAAUCUUGACCGGUCAUAUGUAUUUGCAUCGACUGGUAUUUCCAUCAAUGAAUAGGCUAAAAAGCAUUUUUCAAUGGGAUUUUUUUCCUUCUCGCAGACAAUUGGCCGGCGGCAAUUUUAUUUAUCGGCUUUUCACUUUUCACUUUUUUUUAAUUUUUUUUAUUUUUUUAAAUCGGCCAAAAACUGGCUAUUACUAGUCAACAGAAACCCUGGUAUGGAGCAACUCACUUUGUUGUAGAGCACCAGUAUGACCUAUGUAACCUGAGUUGUUUGUAGGCUCGUACCCAUGGCUAAUAAAACUUGAUUGGUGUGAUCCACUUUCCUGUCAGAUAACAUACCCUCAGAAAACCGGCAAUAAGUAAGAAGCUACAGAUGAAGAUGCGAAAGAUGGGCUUUCACUUAGAUUCAUCUUUGAUGGAAAGCUUCAUUUACUAUAACGUCCACAUAGUCUGUCCCGCUUUCUUGACGAGCUCUUCCCAUGUGCAGUACAUGCUCACCAUUCACAGGAUUUCUUGAGGUGAUUGGGGCUUUUAGAAGGUUUGGUAUUGCCGUCAAACUGCACUGUAAAUACGUGGAUUUGGAUUACGGGGGUGGGAAGGGUUGGGCUCAGUCAAGGCCUAUGGUUGGCUGGGGUUGUGAAGAUGAGGGAUGGACAAAAAAAAGUGUUUUCUUGCAAUGCAACCAACAUAAGCCAGUAAUUCAAGUGUCAAAUCUCUCCCAAGAGGUAUACACAGAGGUAAAUGUAGUGCCUAUGCCAGGGCUCUCCAACCCUGUACCUGGAGAGCCACAGACCUUUGUUUUUGCUCCAACUCUAAUCUAGCGCACCUGAUUCUAAUAAUUAGCUGGUUGAUAAGCUGAAUCAGGUAAAUUAAAACAGGGGUUGAAGAGAACCUACUGGAGAGUAGCUCUCCAGGAACAGGGUUGGAAUGCCCUGGUCUAUGCACAUGCCUCUGUUGUACUAAACCCCUGUUUUAAAUAAAGACUGGUCCCUAGGUAUAGUCUAUAUUGUGAUUCAAAGUAAAUACAACGGUUUUAUGGUGAUCUGUUUAUAGUGUAAAGUAAAUAUAUUCAAGGUGUUGACAGCCAUGUGAAUAUAGAUCAAUCUAGCAACUUGUCCAUCUCACACAACUGACAAAAAGAUUAUGGGCCUCCUGCCCAAGAAAUCGCAAGACCAGAUCAUGAUGACCUCUCCAACUAAGCUAAUUCUACUUUCAGACUUUACCUCUGAUGUUAAUACUCGCCGAGUCUGGACAUGUUAUAUUAAAAUGAGCUGCCAAUUAAAGAUCUGACACCCUCAGACGUGGGUGGAUUAUAUUCAAGUUUGGUUUGUGGGGCUUUGCUACCGCUGGCUUAAUUGCAGAAUUGUUCACUGCUCUACUGCGUCUGAAUAUUCCUCUUCUUUUAAAAAAAAAAUCCUAAGUAAUUGAUUUAAUCGAUUAAUCACAGCUAACAAUAGCUUGAAUGAAAGUGUUAACUGAUUAAUCGUGACUAACAUUUUAAAUGUUGAGGUACUGAAGACCCUGGUAUAGAGCCUGUUGCCUUGGAUUGAUUUUGCACUGGCAUUUUACUGCUCAUUUUAACAUUACAAGUCUAAGAGGGCUGUAUAUCUUUUCUAAUAUACUAGACCGGAAGAUUUCUAUAUAUACAGUAUAUCCUAGACAAGUGGCUCAUAUGUAACCUUUUUAGUUAUUUUGUCUUUGACUCUUUCUCGUGUCUACUGAAGAUACAUCUCGUUGCAUGUUUCUUGCUUUCAAUCAAUGUCACCAUUUGCAGUGGUUACUUUUACUUGUUUAAAUGUUUUUGGACAAUAAAUCUUUUUUGUUAACAA